AUGCAAGACACUGAUGCCAGGGGGAGUUCCCCUGCUUUCCUCCGGCCUCAGAACGGGAGCAGUCACAAGUCUUCGGGGUAUGUCCCGGGGAGAAUUGCCCCUCUCCGUCCCCCUCCGCCUUCGCAGAGCCACGCUGCAGCCGAAUUUACCUCUGCGAGACAAGAAGCCCGGACAAGACUCCCGUCCUUACCAGUGGAUCAGCACCGCCGCCAGGCAGAAGCCAGCAGGCAUAAAAAUACUCUCAUUUGCUUUGCCGUUUCUAGCCUUUCACUUUUUGUUGCACUGGGGAUUUUUUUGGGAAUAGCUUCAAAAUAUGCUCCAGAUGAGAAUUGUCCUGAUCAGAAUCCUCGACUUAAAAACUGGAGCCCUGGAAAAGAUCCUGAGAAGAGAGUUUUUAUCAAAAAAGGGGAUUUGUUUCGUCUGAACUCAGAUGCUACAGUGCACUCUAUAGUUAUACAGGAUGGAGGGUUACUUGUUUUUGACGAUGACAAAGAAGGUUCUAAAAAUAUUACAUUGAGAACUCGAUUUAUCCUGAUAAAGGAUGGUGGAAUGCUUCAUGUUGGAGCAGAGAAAUGCCGCUAUAAAUCCAAAGCAACUAUUAUUUUGUAUGGGAAGUCAAACGAAGGUGCUGAUGUGCCAGAAUUUGGCAAAAAAUUUAUUGGCGUGGGCCCUGAAGGAACGCUGGAGUUGCACGGGCACCAGAAGUUAUCAUGGACUCUUCUGUCAAAGACUUUGUAUUUCUCAGGGCUGGCCUAUGGUCAUUAUACAUUUAAAAAGAAUUUUUCCCGAGGACUAAAUGUGAGAGUGAUCGAUCAGGACACAGCAGAGGUUUUAGAAGUGCUGAAGUUUGAUACUCAUGAAUUUUCAGAAGAAAGCUUGAAGCUCCAGAACUUACUGAAAAAUGGAAGUCCUGGUCGCAUCAUCGCUAUUGCUGUAGGAGAUUCAGCUGCUAAAAAUCUACUGGAGGAAACCAGAGUGACUAUUCAAAAUCUUCUGGGAAGUAAGUUUGUCAGAGGAUUGAGUUACAGGCAAGCCUGGGCUUUUGUUGGUGUCAUAGGUGGUGGAAAUUCUUCCUGUAAUGAAUCGGUGAGAAACUACGAAAAUCACAGCACUGGUGGGAAAGCUCUUGCUCAGAAAGAGUUUUUCACAGUGGAUGGUCAGAAGUUUGUUGUGAGAGCUUACAGCGAAUGGAAUGAUGGUGUCCCAAUUUCAGGCUUUGAGGUAGAAGCUGUAGGUGGAGUGAUACUGAAUCUUCUGGAUGAUGUUAGUAGUUGGGAGCCGGGAGACCGGAUUGUGGUUGCAAGCACAGAUUAUUCAAUGUAUCAGACUGAGGAAUUCACCCUCCUUCCCUGCCCAGAGUGCACUAAGCAUCAAGUCAAAGUCAAAGAAAAUCCUCAGUUUCCUCAUAUAGGAGAAGUUAUUGAUGGAAUGGACAUGAGAGCAGAAGUCGGAGUUCUUACGAGGAACAUCUUAAUCAAGGGGGAGACAGAAAAUACCUGCUAUCGUGAAAAGGAGUGUCAGUUCUUCAACUAUGAUACAUUUGGUGGACAUAUCAAGAUUUUUAAGAAUUUUACAUCUGUUCAUCUCUCCUAUGUGGAAUUGAAGCAAAUGGGCCAGCAGCAGAUUGGAAGUUACCCUGUUCACUUUCACCUUUGUGGGGAUGUGGAUGAAAAAGGAGGUUAUAGUUUUAAGACUUACCUGGAAGGUCUUUCAAUUCAUCACUGUUUUUCCAGAUGCGUGACUGUUCAUGGAACUAAUGGCUUGCUGAUAAAGGACACCAUUGGCUAUGAUACACUAGGUCACUGUUUCUUCACAGAAGACGGCAUUGAGCAGAGGAAUACUUUGUUCCACAACCUUGGGCUAGUCACGAAACCAGGCACUCUUCUUCCUACGGAUAGAAACAGCAGCAUGUGUAUUAGUAUUAGGGAUAAAGUGUAUGGAAGUUAUGUCCCAGUGCCAGCCACAGACUGCAUGGCAGUUUCGACAUUCUGGAUUUCUCAUCCCAACAAUCAUCUUAUAAAUAAUGCAGCAGCAGGUUCACAGGAUGCUGGAAUAUGGUAUUUGUUCCACAAGGUUGCUACAGGAGAUUCUCAUAGUUUAGCCAUUGAAACCAAGUCAGAGCUUACACCCCUAGGGAUCUUCUAUAACAACAGGGUUCAUUCUAACUUUAAG